UUCAUUUCAAUUUCGACCUUUGAAUCAUCAUAUAUAUCACUCUUAUUUCAUAUUUUUUUUCUCCUACGUUGAGCUAAACAAUCCAACCAGAAAACAAAAAUGAAUCAAAUUUACCUGUUUCGAAUGUUAUUUAAUAUUGUCAUUAUGAUAAUGUCAAUUGUUGUUGCUGUCGUUGAAUCAACAGUUAUAUAUACAAAAUAUCCAAAUCUUUGUGGACAAAAUACAAGUCUUUCGGAACCGAAUAUUGUUCUAAAAAUUGAUUUUAAUGUUGAUGAACAAUUGGUUAAUAAUAAUGAUAAUUGUACAACAAUCAUUCAAUGGACUGGUUCACCAGAUAUUCGUUUAAUACCGAAAAUUAUACAAACCAAUAAUAUAAUGUUAAAUCAAACAGCUAAUGAUAAUGAUUCGAAAACAAUUGUUUUGGAUAUUAUUGAAACACCUGGUCGUAUUUUUCAAUUAAAUAUUUAUGGAUCGAAAGCAUUUUAUCUGGCCAUGAUACCAACGAAUGAUAUUGAUGGUCAUUGUAUGGAUGAUUAUUUGGAUUGUGGUUCAAAAUAUUGUAUACAUCGUGAUUUGGUUUCCAGUAAUAAUGAAUUGAAUGAUAAAUUAUUGAUUGGUAACAGGACAAAUUUGAAACCAAAAUUAUAUGGAACUAAAUUCAAAUUUUGUGGCGAUAAUGAUUGUCAGGAUUGGAUACUGGCACAAAUCAAUGUUUGUUCGAAAUUAACAUCAAUCAAAUUGAAAUUGAUUCUUAAAGAGGUGAUGCAUCAUAUUGUAAGCGGAAAGCUUGAUCUACCAAAAGUUUGUAAAUUAACUGCUGAUGCAAAACUAACCGAAGAAGAAACGAAAGCUAUUUUGGCAGCAUUAAAUUUUAUCAUUUUAUCUUCAAUCAAAUAUGAAACCGAUAGUGAAACAUUGUCGAAUGAAUUACAACAACUUGGUCUACCAAAAGAACAUUCCAUAACUUUAUCCAAAUCUUAUGCCGAUAAAUUCAACGAAAUCAAACAAAUGCUACAAGAACAAAGCUUGCGAUUGGAUCCAAUGUUGGAAUGUUCUUAUGAGAUUGUAUCGAAAUUCAAUCAAGAUCAAACAAUGUCUGUACAUUGUCCAUCAUUGUUUUUAACCAUAAAAACAAAUCCAACAACUACUAAAAAUGAAACAACAACAUUUCAUGUUAUACCAGAAAAAUUAUCUUGUUUGAUUAACGAUCUCAAAGAGGUGGAAAAAAUGAUGAAUGAAUCUGAUGAUUAAAAUCUUUGUUUAAU